AAAUAAUAAUAAUAAAAUUACAACUUGACAAGUUGGAAGCACCGGCAACAAAUACAAUUGGUCCAUAUUUUUUAAUCUCAAUUAUAUUUAUAAUCAUAAAUUAUUAAUCCAUAAUACAACUGGGGACAUAUUUAUGCCAAUAGUGUUAAGUCAAAUAAAAUAUACUCAACAAUUUUUAAUUAUAAAUAUACAAAAACAAAAAAAAAUAAUUGAAAAAAAAAACAGUUUUCAACGAAGCAAUCUGUAUGAAAAUGGAAGAAUAAUUAAUAAAUAUAAUUUGAUAAAUUGAAUCAGAAUGUGAGACAAAUGUUACAAGGGUGAGCAAGGAGGCCACAAAAGUUAUGAUAAUAAUACAUGUCAAUUGAAAAUAAUAACUGUUAAUUACGUGUGUGGAAAAACAACUAGUUAAAAUUAAAAUAAUAGUUUAUUAUAAAUUUGUUAAACUAAAUAUAUUAAAAUGGCUUUGAAAAAAGUUAGAGGUAAUUUUGAACGUAUGUUUGAUAAAAAUUUGACUGAUUUAGUCAGAGGUAUUAGAAACAACAAAAAUAAUGAGGCAAAAUAUAUUGCUCAGUGUAUCGAAGAGAUUAAACAAGAACUCAGACAAGAUAAUGUUGCUGUCAAAUCCAACGCAGUUGCUAAACUUACAUAUCUCCAGAUGUUGGGAUAUGACAUUAGUUGGGCUGGUUUCAACAUAAUUGAGGUCAUGUCAUCUGGUAAAUUUACAUACAAAAGAAUUGGAUAUUUAUCAGCAAGUCAAAGUUUUCACAUGGAUACUGAGCUGUUGAUGUUAACAACAAACAUGAUAAGAAAAGAUUUAAAUAGUCAAAAUCAGUAUGAUGCUGGUUUAGCAUUAAGUGGCUUAUCAUGUUUUAUAAGUCCAGAUUUAGCUAAAGAUCUUGUCAAUGAUAUUAUGACACUAUUAACAAGUACAAAACCAUAUUUACGAAAAAAAGCUGUACUUAUGAUGUAUAAAGUUUUUCUACGUUUUCCUGAAGCAUUACGUCCAGCAUUUCCAAGACUAAAAGAAAAACUUGAAGAUCCAGAUAGUGGUGUACAAUCAGCAGCUGUUAAUGUUGUCUGUGAAUUAGCAAGAAAAAAUCCAAAAAAUUAUUUAAGUCUUGCACCAAUAUUUUUUAAAUUAAUGACAACAUCAACAAACAAUUGGAUGCUAAUUAAAAUCAUCAAAUUGUUUGGCGCAUUGACACCUUUAGAACCUAGACUUGGAAAAAAACUCAUAGAACCUUUGACAAAUUUAAUUCACAGCACAUCAGCAAUGUCACUAUUGUACGAGUGUAUAAAUACAGUAAUUGCAGUAUUAAUAUCAAUAUCAUCAGGAAUGCCAAAUCAUUCAGACUCAAUACAAUUAUGUGUACAAAAAUUACGUAUAUUAAUUGAAGAUACUGAUCAAAAUUUAAAGUACUUAGGUCUAUUGGCAAUGUCAAAAAUAUUAAAAACUCAUCCAAAAAGUGUACAAGCACAUAAAGAUUUAAUAAUGCAAUGUCUUGAUGAUAAAGAUGAAAGUAUACGUUUACGUGCACUUGAUUUAUUAUAUGGUAUGGUAUCUAAAAAAAAUUUAAUUGAAAUUGUACGUAAAUUAAUGAUACACAUGGAUAAAGCUGAAGGUACAACAUAUCGUGAUGAAUUAUUAUCAAAAAUAAUUCAAAUAUGUUCACAAAAUAAUUAUCAAUUUAUAACAUAUUUCGAAUGGUAUAUAUCUGUAUUAGUUGAUUUAACACGUAUGGAAGGUACAAAACAUGGACAACUUGUUGCAACACAGCUACUUGAUGUUACAAUACGUGUACAGGCUAUACGUAAAUAUUCAGUACAACAAUGUGCCUUAUUACUUGAUAAUGCACAUUUAUUAACAUGUCAACCACGUUCAACAAUGUGUGAAGUUUUAUAUGCAGCAGCAUGGAUAUGUGGUGAAUUUUCAUCAGAACUUGAUGAUAAAAUGAAAACAUUAAAAUCAAUGUUAAAAUCACAAAAAAAUUUUUUACCAGGACAUAUACAAGCUGUUUAUGUACAUAAUAUAUUAAAACUAUCAUCAAUAAUAUUAAUAAAUGCUAAAAAAAAUAAUGAAACUGAUAUUAUUAAUGAAAUAUAUAAAUUAAAAAAUUCAAUGAAUGAAUUUAUAUGCUCAGGUGAUUUAGAAGUACAAGAAAGAACAAUAUCAACAAUUGUAUUAUUUGAUUAUUUAAAUGAUAAUCCAGAAUUAAUUGAUGAAUUAAUAUAUACAUUUGAUGGUGAAUUAAAUCCAAUAGCACCAAAAGCACAAAAAAAAGUACCAAUACCAGAUGGAUUAGAUUUAGAUACAUGGAUAAAUGAUCCACCAUCUGAUCAAUCAGACAAUGAUGAUUAUGAUAUCAAUGAUAUAUUUAUUAAAGAUGAUAAUAAUAAAUCAAAUGAUAGUAAUAAUAAUAGCAGUAAAAAAAAAUAUCAUGAGCCAACAAUUGAUGAAAUUAAAAAACAACGUGAUAUACGUAAAUUUGAAUAUGAAAAUAAUCCAAAUUAUUUGAAGGGUAAUAUUACAAAUGUAAAUUCAUCAUCUUAUCAUAAUAUUGAUAAUAAAAAUAAUGAUUAUGAUAGUAUACCAAUUGCUGAAUUAAAUAUACCAGUAUCAUUAAAAGUUGAUCAUUUAUAUUCGAAAAAAAAUUUAUUAAAAACUAGCAAACGUAAAAAGAAAAAAUCAUCCAAAAAAAAUAAAAAUCAAUCAAGUAGUGAUGAUGAUGAUGGUGAUGAAGAUGAUGAUGAUAAAUAUCCAACACAUUUUGUUAAUACAGAAAUUGGUGAAUUACCACCAGGUGCUGAAUUGAGUGACAAUGAUGAUGGUAAUUUUGGUGAUAUUAAUGAUCCACAUCGUGCAUUAAAUAUUGAUCUAGAUAUACCACUACGUGAUGAUGAAAAAUUACCAGCUGUUGAACAACAUCGUAUAACAGAUAAUAAAAAAUCUAAAAAUCAUGAGCUAUUAAUAAAUGAUAAUGAUGAUAAAAAAAUAAUAAAAAAAGAUAAAAUUAAAAAAGUUAAAAAAAAAAAUGAUAAUAAAUUGAAAAAAAAAAUUAAAAAUGAUAUUGAUAAUCAAAAUAAAAUUGAUUUAUGGCUUGGUAAUGAUAAAGAAAAUAUUACAAUUGAAGAAAAUGAUGAUAAUAAUGAUGAUAAUGAUAAAAAGAAGCAUAAAAAAAAAUUAAAAAGUAAAAAAAAGACAAAAAAUAAUAAUAUUGAUGAACAAGAUAAAAAAAAAAAGAAAAAAAAAAAUAUUAUUGAAUCAAUUGGUAAACAAAAAGCAUCAGAUUAUGAAGAAACAGCUGGUAUAUCAACACCAUCAAAAGAAAUAUUACCAAAUUUAAUUGAUAAUUUUAAUAAUGAAAAUGGUACAUGUAAUUAUCAAAAGUUAUCUGGUUACAAAGAAUUAUCAAAAAAUGAUAAAAUUAAAAUAUCAUAUGGACUUAAACAAUUACCACAUGAAAGUGGUAAAAUAAUUGUUGGUAUAUCAUUGUUUAAUACAGCUGAUAAAAUAAUAAAAGAUCUUAAUUUUGAUGUUUUAGAUACAUCAACAUUAAAAUUAAUUAGAAAUUCAGAUGAAGAAUCUGGAAUAAAAAUACUUGUUAAAUUGGGACCAGGUGAAAAUACAGAAACACAUUUAUCAUUUGACGUUACAGAUGAUACAUUUUCACAAAAAUUACGUGGUAAUUUGACUUAUAUGAUUGACAAUACAAAUGGAUUAAUACAAGAAAAAUUAGAUUUUAUAUUGUAUUUAUCAUGUAGUGAUUUUCUCAUUGAAAGUUUACCACAAAGUGAUAUAUUAACUGAGCUAUUAAGUAAUGAUUUACUUCAAUAUAAAGUUAAACAAAUCAUUGAAGUACAAGGUGAUUUUGAUAAAAUAUUAAAUAUUAUAUGUCAAAAUUGUCAUUUGACAUUGGUGGAAAUCGUUGACGAUGCUGCAUCAUUGUAUGGAAAUUCAUUGAAGGGUCAUCAUGUGUGCCUUUUAAUUAAAAAAUUGUCGGAGAGCUCCUUGUGUCUUUCGAUUGAAGGUAAAGGAGAUAAUAAUUCUCUUUUAACUGGAAUCGUUGAUGAAAUUGUAAAAACACUCACAAAUUAUUGACCAUUAUAUAUAGAUAAAAAAAAACACAUUGAGGAUCAUUAUUACAAUGCUCAUAUACGUAUAAAAAAAAAUUAGAAACUUGAUUUCUACUUUAACAUUGUCUUCAUUAGCUUUCAAUAAAUUUUAUGCAAAUUAUUUUUAAUCGAUUAUAUUUGGGAGAAAAAAAAUUUUAUACCAGUUCCAUUAAAUGGUGCUAAAAUUAUUUGCUUAAUUCAUAAAUUGUAAAUAUUAUAUAAAAAUUAUUAUAUGUUUAAUACAAAAGAAAAACUAAUAAUCUUAGGCUUUAUUUACUCUGCAAUUUAUGAAAUAUAGUUAUGAAAAAAAUAAAUAAAUAAAUUCCUAUUAUAAAAAGGACACUUGACCUCAUUUUAUUCGUAAUCUGAUUGGUCAAAAUAUUUAAGCAUUUGUUUAUAAUUACCCUCUUAUUGGAUUUCCUCCUGUCCCUGAUUAAUAAUAAAUAAAAUCUUAGAAAAAUUACUUCUUCAAAUUUUUGUUAGCCUGAUAUUUUUAGAAAAAAAUUUUAGCGAUCCGUAAAAUGAAUAAAGAGGUAUUCGGUAUUUUUUGAAAUUUACCUCCUCAAUUUUUUAUUUACCUGAUACUUUUAAAAAAAAAUUUAAUUUGUAUCAGAAACAUAGAAUCACUAAGGAGGUAUUUUUCUUU